AUGAAGUCAAGAACACGAUGCUUGAUAGCUCUUCUACUUGUCAUUUCACUCUGUUUCAAGGCAAGCCUUGGCCGAGGAGACGAUGCUCCUCAUAAAGGAGUAACAUACGACGAAACUUCCUUGAUCAUAAAUGGGAAAAGAGAGCUUCUUUUCUCUGGUUCUGUUCAUUACCCUCGGAGCACACCUGAGAUGUGGCCCAGUAUUAUUGACAAAGCUAAAACUGGGGGUCUUAACUCCAUCCAAACUUAUGUGUUCUGGAAUGUACAUGAGCCUGAACAAGGCAAGUAUGAUUUCAGUGGGAGGUUCGACUUGGUGAAAUUCAUUAAACUAAUCCACGAGAAAGGUCUCUACGUCACUCUCAGGCUCGGACCCUUUAUCCAAGCCGAAUGGAACCACGGAGGCUUGCCGUACUGGCUACGGGAGGUCCCAGAGGUUUACUUCCGUACAGAUAAUGAGCCUUUCAAGGAGCACACAGAGAGAUAUGUGAGGAAAAUACUUGGGAUGAUGAAACAAGAGAAGUUGUUUGCUUCACAAGGAGGUCCCAUCGUCUUGGGACAGAUAGAGAACGAGUAUAAUGCGGUUCAGCUAGCCUACAAGGAGAAUGGAGAAAGAUAUAUAAAAUGGGCAGCAAAUUUGGUGGAGUCAAUGAAUUUAGGAAUCCCCUGGGUUAUGUGCAAACAAAACGAUGCUCCUGGCAAUGUGAUUAAUGCUUGUAAUGGAAGGCACUGCGGAGAUACUUUCCAGGGACCAAACAGACACGAUAAGCCCUCCUUGUGGACCGAGAACUGGACUACUCAGUUUCGAGUAUUUGGGGAUCCUCCAACAUAUAGAACAGUCAAAGAUAUAGCAUUCUCGGUCGCUAGAUACUUCUCUAAGAACGGAUCUCAUGUCAACUACUACAUGUACCAUGGUGGGACAAACUUCGGACGCACGUCUGCUCAUUUCGUUACCACUCGUUACUAUGACGACGCACCACUUGACGAAUACGGUUUGGAGAAAGAGCCAAAAUACGGCCACCUGAAAGAUGUGCACAGAGCUCUAAAAUUGUGCAAGAAGGCACUUUUCUGGGGUCACCAUCACGUCCAGAAACUUGGUCCCGACACCGAGGUUAGGUACCACGAACAGCCAGGGACAAAAGUGUGUGCGGCUUUCUUAUCGAACAAUAACACAAGAGAAUCUAAUACGAUUAAAUUCAAAGGUCAAGAUUACGUGUUACCGUCUCGUUCUAUCAGCAUCUUACCAGAUUGUAAAACCGUCGUGUACAAUACUGCACAAAUUGUGGCGCAACACAGUUGGAGAAAUUUUGUAAAGUCAGAGAAGACGAGCAAAGGUCUCAAGUUUGAGAUGUUUAGUGAAAAGAUUCCUUCGAAAAUCGACGGUGAGUCCUUGAUCCCGGGGGAGCUCUACUACUUAACUAAGGACAAAACAGACUAUGCUUGGUAUACCACCAGCUUCAAUGUUUCUUAGUAACACUUACCAGACCAAAAAGGUCUGAAGACAAUACUGAGAGUAGCCAGUCUUGGCCACGCACUGAUCGUUUACGUUAAUGGAGAAUACGCAGGGAAUGCGCAUGGAAGCCAUGAAAUGAAGAGUUUCGUGUAUGCAAAACCGGUUAACCUCAAAACCGGGGAUAAUCACAUUUCAAUCUUGGGCGUACUUACCGGAUUACCAGACAGUGGAUCAUACAUGGAGCACAGGUAUGCCGGUCCCCGUGCCGUUUCGAUCAUCGGUUUAAAGUCGGGAACGCGAGAUUUAACCGAGAACAUGGAAUGGGGACAUUUGGCCGGUUUGGAAGGUGAAAAGAAAGAGGUGUACACAGAGGAAGGAUCUAACAAGGUGAAAUGGGAGAGAGAUGGUGAACGUAAGCCGCUGACAUGGUACAAGACCUACUUUGAGACACCGGAGGAAGAGAACACUGUCGCGAUUAGGAUGAAAGGAAUGGGAAAGGGAUUGAUUUGGGUGAAUGGGAAUGGCGUAGGGAGAUACUGGAUGUCUUUCCUUUCUGAACUCGGGGAGCCAACUCAAACUGAAUACCACAUUCCGAGAUCUUUCAUGAAGGAGAAGAAGAAGAAGAACAUGCUGGUGAUUCUCGAGGAAGAGCCUGGGGUGAAGUUAGAGGCUAUUGAUUUCGUCUUGGUGAAUAGAGACACAAUCUGUAGUUAUGUAGGGGAGGAUUACCCUGUUUCUGUGAAAUCCUGGAAGAGAGAAGGGCCCAAGAUAGUUUCUAGAAGCAAAGACAUGAGGUUGAAGGCGGUGAUGAAGUGUCCACCGGGGAAACAGAUGGUGGCGGUCGAGUUUGCAAGCUUCGGAGAUCCGGCAGGAGCUUGUGGGAACUUCACAAUGGGGAAGUGCUCUGCAUCUAACUCAAAGCAAGUGGUUGAGAAGACGUGUUUGGGGAAGAACCGUUGUUCCAUACUAGUAGCCAGAGAGACUUUUCAGGACAAAGGGUGUCCGGAGAUAGUGAAGACACUGGCAGUGCAGGUCAAGUGUGAGAAGAUACAAGGAAAAAAAGAUGGACCGACCUUGUAUGAUGAAGCUAUAAACUUUAUAUAA